AUGGCACAGCACGAUGGCCAUGCCGAGCAUAGAGACAUUCGGAAUCACUAUCUCUUUGAGAUAGCCACUGAAGUCGCUAACAGAGUUGGUGGUAUCUACUCUGUCAUCAAGUCCAAAGCUCCUGUCACCACAGCAGAAUAUGGAGACCGAUACACUCUUAUUGGGCCCCUCAACCGGCAAUCCGCUGCUGUGGAGGUCGAAGCCCUUACUCCGACAAACCCCCAACUUGCCGCAACCAUCGAGUCUAUGGAAGAACGGGGAAUUGGCAUUGUAUAUGGACGCUGGUUGAUCGAGGGAGCUCCCCGGGUGAUUUUGAUCGACACAAAGACCGCAUACAGAUUUCUCGACGAGUGGAAGGCGGAUUUAUGGAAUACUGCUGGUAUUCCAUCUCCUCCCGGGGACGACGAGACCAAUGAAGCUGUAGUAUUUGGUUACCUUGUUGCAUGGUUCUUGGGAGAGUUUGUUGCCCAUGAAAAAAACAAGGCAGUCAUUGCUCACUUCCACGAAUGGUUAUCCGGUGUAGCCCUCCCGCUCUGCAAAAAGCGCCGAAUUGAUGUUACCACAAUCUUCACAACCCACGCUACCCUCCUCGGGAGAUACCUCUGCGCCGGUUCAGUCGAUUUCUACAACAACCUACAAUACUUUGAUGUGGAUCAUGAGGCUGGGAAACGUGGUAUCUACCACCGGUACUGCAUUGAGCGGGCAGCUACACAUUCCUGCGAUGUCUUUACCACCGUCUCUCAUAUCACGGCUUAUGAAAGCGAACAUCUUCUAAAGCGAAAGCCCGAUGGCGUGCUUCCCAAUGGUCUCAAUGUUACUAAAUUCUCUGCUAUGCACGAAUUCCAAAAUCUACAUCAACAAUCCAAGGAGAAGAUCCAUGACUUUGUCAGAGGGCACUUCUAUGGGCAUAAUGAUUUCGACCCCGAAAAUACCCUCUACCUCUUCACCGCCGGUCGCUAUGAAUACAGGAAUAAGGGGGUGGAUAUGUUUAUUGAAGCUCUAGCACGGUUGAACCACCGGUUGAAGGCUGCCGGUUCCAAGAUGACGGUUGUCGCAUUCAUAAUUAUGCCAGCACAGACUCAAUCAUUGACAGUGGAGGCCCUGAAGGGACAAGCUGUGAUCAAGUCACUACGAGACACUGUUGAUAUUAUCGAGCAGGGAGUCGGCAAGAGAAUAUUUGAGCGAGCUUUGAAGUGGCACGAAGGAGACGCCUUGCCAGAUGAGAAGGACUUGAUUACCAGCCAAGACAAAAUUCUGCUUCGAAGACGGUUGUUCGCUAUGAAGAGGCAUGGUCUUCCUCCUAUUGUUACCCACAACAUGGCAAAUGACGCCGAGGACCCAAUCUUGAACCAAAUCCGGAGAGUGCAGCUGUUCAACCAUCCUUCAGACCGUGUAAAGAUUGUCUUCCACCCCGAGUUCUUGAACUCGGCCAAUCCAGUUCUGCCAAUGGAUUAUGAUGAAUUCGUUAGGGGCACUCAUCUUGGUGUUUUCUCAUCAUACUAUGAGCCCUGGGGAUACACUCCAGCAGAAUGCACAGUCAUGGGCGUUCCCAGCAUCACAACCAACCUUUCAGGCUUCGGCUGCUACAUGGAAGAGCUAAUCGAGAACUCCACCGACUACGGCAUCUACAUCGUAGACCGUCGCAUGAAAGGUGUCGAUGAUUCCGUCAAUCAACUCACAUCCUUCAUGUUCGACUUUGCCGGCAAAUCUCGCCGCCAACGCAUCAAUCAACGUAACCGCACCGAGCGCCUAAGCGAUUUACUCGAUUGGAAGCGCAUGGGUAUGGAGUACGUCAAGGCCCGUCAACUCGCCCUCAGAAGAGCGUACCCGGCAUCGUUCGACAGCUCCGACGAAGAUGACUUCAUCCCUGGCGUCGAGCAGAAGAUUUCGCGUCCGUUCUCCGUCCCUGGAUCACCUCGCGACCGCAGCGGUAUGAUGACACCUGGUGAUUUUGCUAGUCUGCAAGAAGGACGAGAGGGCUUGAGUACAGAGGAUUAUGUUGCGUGGAAGUUGCCUGAGGAGGAAGACCCAGAGGAAUACCCAUUUCCACUUACAUUAAGGUCGAAGAAAUCCACGGGUCCAACAAGUCCGGCCGAGGGCGUUAUUACGAAUGGGAGUUCCUAG